AUGGACAUCUUCCCAAGAACCGAUACUCCUGACGGUAGCAAGCCGGACUUCAAGCUGUUCAGGUAUACUCCAUCAUUACCUGCAGCCAUCAUCGCGGCUGUCAUUUUUGCGAUUCUUUCCUGCCUUCAUACCUGGCGCCUCGGAAAAGCCCGAGCCUGGUACUUUAUCCCGUUUGCAGUGGGCGGUGCUUUUGAAACCAUUGGUUACGCUGCUCGAACCGUAUCUCACAAGAAUCAGGAGUCUGUACCUGCCUUCAGUCUCCAAGCGAUCCUUAUCCUCGUUGCGCCCGCCCUCUUCGCCGCCUCGAUCUACAUGAUCCUCGGCCGAAUCAUCAUCUCCCUCCGAGCUCAACAUCUCUCGUUGAUUCCCGUUCGAUGGUUAACAAAGGUCUUUAUCUGUGGUGACAUCUUAUCCUUCUCGCUACAAGGAGCUGGAGGCGGUAUUCAAGCGUCCCGCACCAUUGAGGGAUAUAAUCGAGGUGAGAAGAUUAUCCUCGCUGGUUUGUUUGUUCAGAUCGUGGUCUUUGGAUUCUUUGUUAUCACUUCGGGGCUAUUCCACAUGAAGUGUCUCAAGAACCCAACAUCGGUCGCCCGAGAGAAUGCCUUCCCGUGGAAGCUUGACCUUAAGGUCUUGUAUACCGUCAGCACUAUUAUUUUGGUUCGAAGCAUCUUUCGCGUAGUCGAGUAUCUUCAGGGUAACGCCGGAUUCUUGGUGUCUCAUGAAAUCUUUCUCUACAUUUUCGACGCAGUUCUUAUGGCAAUUGUAAUGGUUGUAUUUCUCAUUUGGUAUGUUGACCACCUUCAAUACAAGGACGGCAGCCAAUACAUUCUCGAACCAUGUGUUGCUGAGGAGACAAACUCAUCUUGA